AUGUCAUCAUAUUCUAGCGCCGACGAUACCUACGACUCGGGCGAGCCGUCCGAGCUGGACCUCGACCUUGCCAAGCUCAUAGAGUGUGCCACCCAGGCACUAAACGCCAAAUGCACGGCUGUGAGGAAGCUAACCCGCGGAGUCAGCCACGAGGUUUUCACGCUUCAGCUCCAGGAGGCCCCCCCUGUACCAGAUUCUCUCAAGCAAGCGGGCUUCUCAUGCAUUGCACGCUUCAGCCGCCUCAACGACACCCGGGCCAAGUUGGCCAGCGAGAUAGCCACGGCGCGGUACCUGAGACGAUUCUCCUCCAUUCCUGUGCCCGAGAUUUACUACUACGACUUGAAUCCUGACAAUGGCGUUGGAGCGCCUUUUAUUUUGAUGCAAAGGAUGCCCGGGCGGCAUCUCAAUAAGAUAUGGGACACACUAUCCCUUGACGGCAAGAAGUCGGCCCUCUCGGAGAUCGCUGCCGUCAUUGCGCAGCUCCCCUGUUUUGACCAGCCCAAAGGACCGUUCUCCUCCUCUUCCGAGUACAUGCGGUCUUUCAUCUCCAUUCCAUCCGUCAAAUUUUCUGCCAUUGGGGACCCUCUCCAGCAAGCGGGGGAUGAGAUUGAGCGCUUUCUCUACCACGACUACCUCCAACCGCCAUUUUGUCUCAUCCAUGCCGACUUUGAUGGCCAAAACAUGCUUUUUGCAAAUUCUCCAGAUGGCUCAGGACCUAAACUCACUGGUCUAAUUGACUUUGAGUACGCCUAUACUGGACCUCUCUAUUUCCUCUACGAAUACCCGAUUUUUAUCCAGGAUGUGUCUUGGUCCAAGGAACUUUACACCGAGAACGCUAUCUUGCGUGCGCAUUUUAUUCGAGCCGUCUGGCGAGCGCUUCCUGACACCGCCGCGCAAUCCACCUUUAUCUCCUCCAUGAACGGCAAGAACUUUGCAUUAAACGGGUUCAGGGACUCGUUCAUGACCGUCAAGCUCUCGCCAGAGUCGCUCCUUGAUUCUGCAAAGUACUAUGUACAGAGCCUCAAGGAUGGUACGGAACCCGCGUACUCAGGCCGCCUCGACUACACGCCUGAGAGGUAUACAAAAACAGCAGACCCGCUGCCUUAUGGUGAGGAUAGUGACAAUGGCGAGGAUGGCGGGAAGAAUCUUUCAGGAUGA